AGUGCCUCGGGUUGAUAUUGAAUGUGCCCUCAGUCUCUUGGCGAUCGUACAAAGUGUCGUUUGAUUUUAGUGUAAACGCGAUCCUCACAGUUUUUCCCUCCAUUCUCACUUCUUACCUUCCUGCCCAAGUAUGGCCCUCGUUGUCCGGUCAGUCUACAAUGGAUUUACCGCUCUCUUCGAGGAGCACACAGAUCCCAGAGUAGCGCAUUAUCCGCUCAUGGGAGAUUUUGGAUUAGCAAAAAUCCUCUUGAUCAUGAUCGUCUAUCUCUACACUGUGAAAAAAUGGGGCCCAAAACUCAUGGAAAAUCGACCUCCUUUUGAACUAAAAACAACCAUGAAUGUCUUCAACAUCAUCCAAGUUCUACUAAAUGUCUACAUAGCUGUAUUUGGAAGCUACUAUUCCUACUGGCAGCCUGACUUCAGUUGGGAGUGUCAACCGAUAGACUUUACAGUCGUCACACCAGAAAGACUACAGUUGGUGUUUGUCAGCUACGUCUACUUCCUGACCAAGAUCUUAGACCUAGCGGAUACUGUAUUCUUCGUACUACGCAAGAAAAACAACCACAUAACUUUCCUGCAUACAUAUCAUCACGCUGGAAUGGUUCUGGGAACAUUCAUCUUUGCCAAAUUCAUGGCAGGAAGUCACUCAACUCUUCUGGGUGUUCUGAACGCCUACAUUCAUGUCAUCAUGUACACCUACUACUUCCUCACAUCCUUCAAUUCCGACCUAAAGAAUUCUCUCUGGUGGAAGAAACACAUCACCCAACUCCAAAUGCUGCAGUUUCUAGUUCUAAUCAUCCACUUUGCCCACCCACUCAUCCGAAAACCAGACUGUGCUCAUCCCAGAAUUCUCCUGUUUAUCGCAAUGAUGCAGAAUGUUUUCAUGUUCCUCCUCUUCUUCGACUUCUACCUCAAAGCCUACCGCAGGAAGAAGAUCAAGAAGGAAUCAAGUGACUAAAUCGCAAAAUAAUGAUUGUUUUCUGUAUUAUGGGAAGAUUAAAUGAUAAGAACGAC